UUUCAAAAGCCUCUCUCUCUCUCUCACACACACACACACACACACACACACACACACACACUUCUCUCUGCAGCUACUUGAACUCUGAGGAAACAGGAGUAAAAUUCACACAAGAAGAAGCAGAAGAGGAACCAAAGAGGAUGGGGAUGUGCCGCCGUCCUCCCCAGAUGAUCCAAAGCUCCACAGCUCCUCCACUCCUCUUCCUGCUCUUCCUCCUGGGCAGCAGCAGCAGCAGCGUCCUCCCCUCUGCCUUCCAGCUGGCCCCGGACACCCCGGCCCCGGCGCAACCCACCCCCACGCAGGCCACUCCUCGCCCGGACCCCUGUGAGGGACGACCCUGCCUCAACGCGGGAGUCUGCCUGGCCCUGCUGGAGGACACCUGGGAGUACAAGUGCACCUGCAGCAGGGGCUUCACCGGGCGCAACUGUGAGUUUUUCACCGACCCGUGUGCCAGCAGUCCCUGUCUCCAUGGAAACUGCAGCCGUAGCGAUGAGGGGGAGGCGGCCUACACCUGCGUCUGCAGCGAGGGCUACGAGGGGGGGCGGUGUGAUCAGAUCCUGAUGGACCUGCCCCCCGCUGAGUGGGACCCCUCCACCCCCCCCGCCCCCGAACUGGCCACCCCCGCCGCCUCCACCACCGCUGCCGCCACUCAGCCACCUACAACCACUACUACUGUACCCCCCCCCACUACUGCCCCCCUCCCCACUACUGUCCUCCCCCCCUCCACCACUGAUACCACCACCACAACUCCACCUCCCACCCUGCAGCCAUGGCAACCCAAAGCUGGACAGAGGCUGCUGGUGGUGUCGUGGGAGGCCGACAGGGUGACGGAGGGUCUGCACUGUGUGAGUCCGGAGCUGUGUGAGCUGACUUCAGGAACUCUCACUCUGUCUCUGGAAGUGCCCGAGGAGACGGCUGUAAAGGUGGUGGUGAACGCCAGUGGAGCUCCAGUUCUGUGGCGUGUGAAUGAAGACGGUUUCCUCCGUUCCUCCAUUUUGAACGGCACGACCAUGUGGUUCCUGCAGGGCGCUGACGGACUGGUGGUGCCGGACCACUUCCUGCCCCUGGGACAGAACUACUUCCUCAGUGUGUUGCGCGUGGGCACCCCCACAGCCCCGGAGGUCACGCUGCGUCUCAACCUGACGGUGAAAGCCAGCAGCUGCGUGGAGCCCGGCAGCAGCUUCAGCGACCCUCAGUGCUCCGGGAAGGGAAAGUGCAUCACGCAGCCCUCUGAGAGUACUUUCUUCUGCGAGUGUGAGGACGGCUACACUGGAAUCUUUUGCGAAGAAUUUGACGCCUGCCACCGCCGGCCUUGUCGCAACAACGGCACCUGCACUGACGUGAGGCAGGGGGGGGAAGGAAGGAACUUCACAUGCACCUGCCCACCAGGUUAUGAAGGGGAGCGCUGCCAGCUGCUGGUGGAUCACUGCGUCUCUGAGCCCUGUAAGAACGGAGCCACGUGCUUCAGCAGUCUGGCCGGGCCCCGCUGCUACUGCCCCGAAGGCUACCAGGGAGCUACCUGUGAGCAGAAGGUGGACCCCUGUGCCUCCGGACCCUGUCAUAAUAACGGGACGUGCUACGCUCAGGGUCCCGGCCCCCUGGGGUUCGGCUGCAGCUGCACGGCGGGCUUCACCGGCCCCACGUGCGCCCAGCUGGUGGAUUUCUGCGCCCUGAACCCAUGUGCCCACGGGGUCUGCCGCAGUGUGGGCAACAGCUACAGGUGUCUGUGCGUCCCAGGCUACCACGGGCUGUACUGUGAGGAGGAGUACAACGAGUGUCUGUCAGCCCCCUGCCAGAACUACGCCACCUGCAAGGACCUCAUCAACGCCUACGAGUGUGUCUGCACUACACAGUUUGAAGGCAGACACUGUGAAAUCUACAAGGAUCCAUGUCUGAAGAUGCGCUGCCAGAACGGAGGGCGCUGUGAGAGUGAAGGACUCAACGUGUCCUGCUCCUGCCAGCCGGGAUACCUGGGGGAGAAGUGUGAGGUGGACGUUAACGAGUGUGAGAGCAGCCCUUGUCACCAUGGAGGCACCUGCGUCGACCAAUCAAACGGCUUCACCUGUCACUGUCCACCUGGGUGGGUGGGGCCCAGCUGUGAGAUCCACCUGCAGUGGAAGCCGGCCCACACGGAGGACACCCUGACCAACAUGCCCCGCCACUCCCUCUACAUCAUCAUCGGAGCGCUGUGCGUGGCCUUCGUCCUCAUGCUCAUCAUCCUCAUCGUGGGCAUCUGCCGUAUCAGCCGCAUCGAGUACCAGGGAUCGUCACGCCACGCCUACCAGGAGUUCUACAACUGCCGCAGCAUUGACAGCGAGUUCAGCAACGCCAUCGCGUCCAUCCGCCACGCCAGAUUUGGCAAGAAGGCCAAGCCUGCCAUGUAUGAUGCGACUCCCAUCGCCUACGAGGACUACAGUCCUGACGACAAGCCUCUGGUCACCCUCAUCAAGACCAAGGAUUUGUAAAACACAACCAUCCUUUCACAAGCUACACACAAACACACACAUAUAUAAACAGAACGUCAGUAUACAUCUUGAAGUAUUUCUUAAGAAAAAAACAACAGCAGAACAAAAUUGAAUGUAUAGUUAGAAAAAAAAAACAUACUCUGUAGUUUAAAAAAUCUGGAAUUUGAUAAGGCUUUAUUGUAGCAUACGAUGCAUUAAGUUAUUGACGACACUACCAGUAAGCUCUGCUGUACAAGAGAGAUGACUUUAGACUGUCUGUCUGCGACCCACGGCCCAACAUUUCUACGUGUAAUCUCAGCAGGCAGCGCUGAUGGUGUGGUAGAAAUAGAUGCACUCCUCUCGGUGCAUACACUGUAUCUUUUUCUAUAUCUUAAAAAAAAAAAAUCUGCAGUAGGUUGCCUUACUUCGUGCAUGGUUAGAUUAGAUGUUCUCUGUAUUAUUUCCAAAUCCUUUGUACUUGGUUGUUGUUGUUUUUUCUCAAGAUUGUACCAAAUAUCUUUUUGGGAGGGGGUGAUUUGUGGUUAGUAGAGGAAAUACACACGUGUAUAAAAAUACUAGUCACACAGUUUUCUUUUUUUUUAAAAUACAUAUCGUCUUUACAUGCAAGUUUUAUCAUUGGUGUAUGAUUAGUAAAGAAAGUUUACAGAAGUACUGUGACCCUACCAUCCUGCUGUAUGUAUAUCAGUGAUAUUUAGGAUAAUAGGUAGGUAUAUCUCUCAAUACACAGACAAAUAGUUGGUUUUAAUCAGUGUACACAUUCACCUCUAGUAUUGACGGUGUUGAAUAGGGUGAUUAUUUACUGGCUUUAGGGUGGAUGUAAUGGAGGAGGAAGAUGAAGAAGAGGAGGGUGAUUUAAAUGUGCUUCUGUGUCCUGCCAUUGGAAAACUCUCUGUCCGUGCAGCUGUGUUGUUCCUCUCAAGGUCAAGCAAUGUUUUACCAAUAGGCUCAGCUAUUGAUUUCUCUCUCAUUUUAAACACAUUGGCCACAUGGUUACUUAUUAUCUAUGUUGAAUGAUGUAAACAAUAAAGAUUCAAGUGAACAACAGAA